AAGGGUCGUCCUCCUCUUCGGUUAGUCGUCUGAGGAAGAUCGUAGAUCCCCCUCCUUCCUCUAAGAAGCAUCAUACUCAGAGAAAGAGAUUAUAUAGCUCGUGCGUCGUGGUACUACUACCACUACUCGCGUUCGGCGAAAUGUGUAUGGAAGUCAUUCUGGGCAUCUUAUAUGUAUAGUCGGAAGUAAAGCUCUUUGAAGGCGAUGAUUUCUCCUCACCAGCUUACAUAUAAGGUUAGGGUUCUCAAAAACGCGCUUAGUUCGGGCUGUUUCCGUCUGCGUGGGAUGACUUGGGAAACGUAGCACGUACCCCAUCCUACUUCUCUUUCUGUCGCUCGGUAACAGGGAGAUAGUUAAGUUGUCCCGUUUCCUUCCUUUGUCCAUCCCUUGUCCCAUCCUUAGUGGGCGUGUUUGUUGCGGCUCAGAGAGGCAGAGGAAGUUGCGGCUGCUGGAAUUAAUUCACCUUGUUCUGUCGAAGGGGGCGGCAGAACUGCCCUGUCCGGUGAGAGAUAAGUGGGGAGGUUGCUUCGAGAGGAAGCGAAAAGCAACUCAGGGAAGGCAAGUCGUGGUGUCCAAGGGACUUGCUGCGAAAUGAACUUAUGAAACUUAAUGUAGUGUGAAUGAGAGUGACUCAGAUUGACUCUGCCAGAACCCUUUGUCAGUUUCUGACAUACAAACAGGAAGAUGGGGAAUAGUGCCUUAAAAGCGCAUUUGGAGACAGCCCAGAAAACAGGAGUAUUCCAACUAACUGGUAAAGGCCUUUCUGAGUUUCCUGAAGACCUCCAGAAGCUUGCAAGCAAUCUCAGAACAAUAGACUUAUCCAACAAUAAGAUUGAGGCUCUGCCACCGCUAGUAGGAAAUUUCUCUGUGUUGAAAAGCCUUUCCUUAAAUCACAACAAACUGACUGUGCUACCUGAAGAAUUGUGCAAGCUGAAAAAACUAGAGAUACUACACCUGAAUAAUAACCAACUGAUGCAGCUCCCUGCCGCCUUUGGACAACUUGCAGCACUGAAGACUCUGAGUCUUUCUGGAAACAAGUUCAGAACUGUACCUGUCCAGCUCUGCAGGCUUCGUCACCUUGAUGUAGUUGAUCUCUCUAGAAAUCAGAUCCAGAGUGUGCCAGACACUGUUGGAGAACUGCAGGCCAUUGAACUAAACUUGAAUCAGAACCAGAUUUCACAGAUCUCCUCACAGAUCUCUCACUGCCCACGCCUCAAGGUCCUGCGUUUGGAAGAGAACUGUUUAGAACUAAGUGUGCUUCCCCAGAGUAUUCUCAGUGAUUCUCAGAUCUCUCUGCUUGCUGUAGAGGGUAAUCUUUUUGAGAUCAAGAAACUCCGAGAACUAGAGGGAUAUGACAAGUAUAUGGAGCGAUUCACAGCCACCAAGAAAAAAUUUGCCUGAUGGAUUACGAUCAAUCUUAACUCAUGAAGGAAAAGGCAACAAGAGAUGUGAUACAUGGAUUUUAUAUGCUGCUAGCCUGUUGGGAGAAGGAAAUGCAAGGUUUUGAAAAGCCUGACUAUGAAAGGAUCUGAUAAGUUGUUGUUAAGGCCACAAAAAUGACUCCAGGAAUGGUUGAAGCUGCCCUGGAUAUAACAUUUAGCAGCUUUCCAGCUAACAGAAUAUUUCUGCUUACAGGGAUCAUUAUGUUUGAGAAGAAAAUCUUCUAACAUUUACUUGAGCUGAAGGUUUUAUUACAGCUGCUGGCAGCAUAAUUAGAAAUCGGUUAUAUGAAGAAAAUGGGCCCUCCGCAUCCAGAGAACACUGGAGUAAGAAAACACUGAAGUUACACAAUUAACUCUAAAAUGCAAAGUUAUUCCUUUGCUUUAAAUGCUUUAUAGUGUAUGAAGCUGGCACUGUAUUUUUAAAAAUCAUGUACAUUUUGAAGCACAAAUAGUGUAAGGUAGUAUUAGCUCAACUUGUCACAUUCAAAAACAGUUGUUUUAGCUUCAUGUUACAAUCACAUCUCAUGAACAGCUAGUCUUCUAUUUGAUGAUGAGAUGGUGUAUAGUUCAACUGUCAUGCUAAAUAAUUACAUCACAGAAUCUUAAUGUCUCUAUUGACUGCAUUUGGGGUUGGAGGAGUUAACACCUUUGCACUGAAUUUUCAUGGCAGUCAAGCUCCUUUAAUCAGACUGAUUACCUUAUUACUGCCUUAUGCAAAGCACCUGGGAGAACCUAAAAUAUGCAACUUCUCUACAUAACUUCUGUAUUUUUUUAAUUAAAUGAAACUUGCAUCCACAGCUGUCUUAAGCUUUUUGGCACCUUUUGACAAAUGUCAGUUUAUGUAUAAAGUAUUCAUUUGUCAUGUGAAUGAUAAAAAAUAAAUAUAUGCACAACUACA